CGUAAUCUCUUUGUAAGGACGAAUGAUGAGGUCUACAUUCUGUAUUGCAUUAAAAGAUGUGCAGGAAGCUCACAAGAGAAUCCGUGAUUUGAUUCACGUAACUCCAGUCAUGACCUGUUCCAGCCUUGAUGCACUCGCUGCACGGAAGCUGUUCUUUAAAUGUGAACUGCUACAGAAGACCGGAUCUUUUAAGAUUCGAGGUGCAUUGAAUGCAGUGCAGAGCCUACCAGCAGACACAUGUAAAGCAGUUGUGACUCAUAGCAGUGGCAAUCAUGGACAGGCAUUGGCCUUAGCAGCAAAAAUGAUAGGCAUUCCGGCACAUGUGGUAGUCCCAAGGACAGCAGCAUCAUGCAAGAAAGCUGCAAUUUCUGGUUAUGGUGCAGUAAUAGUGGAAUGUGAUCCUACUGAUGAGUCCAGAACAAUGGUGGCAGCUAAGACUGUGGAGACGACUGGAGGUAUUUUGGUUCAUCCAAAUCAGGAUCCAGCUGUCAUUGCAGGCCAGGGGACCAUUGGAUUUGAGGUUCUACAGCAGGUGCCAUCAGUGGAAGCCUUGGUCAUACCAGUGGGAGGAGGUGGCAUGUUGGCAGGAAUAGCUGUUGCUGUGAAAGCAAUUAAACCAGAUGUAAGAAUAUAUGCAGCAGAACCUCUUAAUGCAGAUGACUGCUAUCGCUCAAAGGUGAAUGGUGUUUUAACCCCAAAUGCCAAGCCUCCAACCACUAUAGCAGAUGCUGUGAAGACAAGCAUUGGUCCAAACACAUGGCCAGUUAUAAGAGACCUGGUGGAUGAUGUGUUUGUUGUCACUGAAGAAGAAAUUAAGCAAGCUACGCAGUUGGUGUGGGAGAGAAUGAAGCUACUAAUUGAACCUACAGCUGGUCUCGGUUUGGCUGCUGUCCUUUCCAGACGUUUCCAAGAGACAACACGAGAUAUACAGAACAUUUGUGUAAUUCUAUGUGGAGGCAACCUGGACAUAAGCAGUAUAGACUGGGUAAAGGAGUCUCCUGACACACAGCAACUGAAUGACCCCGGCAAAAUCUAACUUCUCUA